CAGCCUGAUGUGCUGCAACCGGUGUGAGCACUUCAACCGCUUCGUCCUCACUUUCCAAUUUGCAGCCUCAAUUCCUUCGCCAUGCUGAGCAAAGUGUUGAUCCGAACGCAGCGUCAAGUGGCCAGGACGGCCGCGAACGGAGCUCGUCGAUGGGGAAGCAGCGUGGCCAGCGCCAGUGACUCGAUGCUGGCUUCUCCCAUGCCGCUGACGGUGCUAACUGAGGAGGAGGAAAUGUUCAAGGACUCGGUGGCUCGCUUCGCUGCAGACGUGAUCCAACCGAGUGUCCGCAGCAUGGACGAAGCGGGCGAGAUGACGCCUGAAGUUAUUCAAGGCCUCUUUGACAAUGGGCUACUGUCAGUAGAGAUCCCGAUGGAAUACGGGGGAGUGGGGGCGUCAUUCAUGAGCUUGAUCUUGACAAUCGAAGAGUUGUCUCGCGUAGAUGCGAGUGUUGGUCUGCUGUGCGACUUGCAGAACACAGUGGUGAGCAACGUGUUCCUCCGUUAUGGCACAGAGGAGCAACGUCAGGAAUAUCUCCCACGUCUGUCUACGAACACAGUGGGCAGCUUCUGCUUGACGGAGGCUGAGUCUGGCAGUGACGCUUUCGCGCUCAAGACGCGAGCCGACGUCUCUGCUGACGGGAGUUACUACACGCUGAAUGGCGAGAAGAUGUGGAUCUCCAACGUCGAACACGCCGACGUGUUCCUCGUGAUGGCCAAUGUGGAUCCGUCCUUGGGCUACAAGGGCAUCACCUGCUUUAUUGUCGAGCGUGGCACGCCUGGUCUGUCAUUUGGACCGCCGGAAAAGAAACUCGGACUCAACGCGUCGUCCACCUGCUCCGUCAUCCUCGAGGAUGUCAAGAUUCCCAAGGAGAAGGUACUGGGCAAGGUUGGCCAGGGUUACGCUAUUGCUAUCGGCCAGCUGAAUGAAGGUCGCAUUGGCAUUGCAGCGCAACAACUGGGUAUUGCGGAGGGAGCUUACCGCCACGCGAUGCCCUACCUCUUCGAACGCAAACAGUUCGGCCGAGCCAUCGGCGACUUCCAAUCCAUGCAGCACCAAUACGCAGAGCUGGCAGUGGAGCUCGCAAGCGCACGACUGCUCGUCUACAACGCCGCUCGACUCAAGGACGCUGGUCACGAGUUCGUCAAGGCCUCCUGCAUGGCGAAGCUGCACGCGUCGCGCGUGGCAGAGCGAACUUCUUCCAAGUGCAUUGAGCUGUUGGGCGGUGUAGGUUUCUCCAAGCAACUGAUGGCUGAGAAAUUCUACAGAGACUGCAAGGUCGGCACCAUCUACGGCGGCACGAGCAACGUCCAGCUCAGCACAAUAGCCCGAUUGAUCAAGAAGGAACUUGUCUGAAGCGGUCUUAUGUGUGAACUAUAGUGUUGGUUGAUCCGAUUUUCUAAACAGGAAACAAAUGCGAUGAUUUUACUACUUACUAGUAUCAUGAUACGUC